GCAGAGUUUGCGCUCCCCGGAAGUCCCGCCCCUUGGGCGCUGAGGGGAGUUGUAGGCCGCGGCUGGAGAGAGCGCCUUGUAGACCGCAGGAGAUGGCGGAGGAGCCGGGCGAGGAGGCCCUUCCGGCAGCCGCGGAGGAGCAAGAGGAGGCAGGCGGCCCUUCGCCCUCUUCUCCCCCUUCGAGGCGCUUGGCGGUGCCCGCGUCGUGGCUGUCGCCUUCGGGCGGCCUUCCGGCGGAGCUGGGCGCCCGCUUCCCGGCCUUGGAGGAGCUGGACGUGAGCGGGACGGGGCUGGCGGCGCUGGGGCCGGAGCUGCUAGGCCUGGGCCGCCUCCGCACGCUGCUGGCCAAGAACAACCGGCUGGGCGGGCCGGGCUCGUUGCCCAAGGGCCUGGCGGCCUCCCCGCUGGGCCGCUCCCUCCGCGCCCUCAACCUCAGCGGCAACCGCUUCGCCCACCUCCCGCCCCCCGUGCUGGGCCUCCGCCGCCUCCGCAGCCUCAGCCUGGGCAGCAACCGCCUCCAGGCCAUCCCGCCCGCCAUCCAGGAGCUCGGCAGUUUAGAAUUCUUGUAUCUUGGAGGAAAUUUCAUUACUUCAGUUCCACCUGAGUUAGCAAACUUGCCUUCACUAAGUUACCUUGUCUUGUGUGAUAACAAAAUACAGAGUAUUCCCCCUCAGUUAGCACAGUUGCAUUCCUUGCGUUCCCUUAGCCUUCACAAUAACCUGCUGACGUAUCUUCCUCGGGAGAUUCUCAAUCUUGUGCAUCUUGAAGAAUUGAGUUUGCGGGGAAAUCCAUUGGUGGUGCGAUUUGUCCGUGACUUGACAUACAAUCCUCCAAGUCUCCAAGAGUUGGCUGGACGCACAAUCAAAACCCGUAAUGUGCCCUAUAUUCCUAGUGAUCUCCCUGGGAACCUCCUCCGGUACUUGAACUUGGCCAGCAACUGCCCUAACCCCAAAUGUGGAGGAGUCUAUUUUGACAGCUGUGUCCGGCAAAUCAAAUUUGUUGACUUCUGUGGCAAGUACCGCGUUCCACUGAUGCACUAUCUUUGUUCCCCGGAGUGCUCCUCGCCUUGCAGUUCUGCAUCUCAGAGUUCGAAUUCCCAGAGUGAGUCAGACUCAGAAGAUGAAGCCAUUGUUGCUGCGCGCAGGAUGCAAAAGGUUCUUCUGGGCUAGGAAGAGGAAGCGAAAAGACUUGCAGCAAGUCGCUUUCGAAAAGGAGGUGUGGAAGCACAUGUGGUGUCGAAUACCCUGUGCAGAGGCAUCCUCCAAAUCGUAGCUUGCUCAUGGAAAGUGUACCUGGACAAACCUGGACUUCCUUGGAACUGUGCUUUCAGGAAGGUUACAGGUGCUUCAUGCCUUGAGGGAGGGAGCUGGCAAAUGGGACGCUGUGAAGAUACGUGGUCAUUCUGGGCCUCCUUGGAAUCGGUUGCCUGCUAAAAAGACACUUGGAGUCCUGCACUACUGAGACUGCAUAUGAAGUGAACUGUUCUUAGUCACUGUGAUUUAAAAUUGCAUAAUGGAGGGGAGUGCAAGGUGGGAACUCCCCAGUAUUAUUAUCUGCAUCUGUCAUACUUGAACAUUGUUCUCUUUCUUCACUUCAGAUGCUUGGUUCCUGUGUAUUUAUUUUAACAACAUUCCUCAAAAGUAGAAAAACCCCUUAGGUCUUGACAUGUUCUUCCUUCUUUGCUUACAGUGCCUAUCACCAAUGUUCUGUUAUAAAAACAGAACGAAGCCUUUCUUUAUACUGUAUUGCUUUGAGAUGCACCAUUAGUGCCUUUUGUGGCCUUUUUGUUCCUUUAUGACACUUUAUACUGCAACACUUAGCAUAAUAUGGCUUUGUAUUGUAUAACUGAGAGAUCAGAGUGGAAAUACUUUUAAUAAUUAUUAUAUGUUAUUGAUGUCUCUGGUACCUUUCCCAGUACCUGCACUACAAUGGUAUUUACAGCAAUACUGUAAAUGUCUUCUUGUCUUGCUUCGUUUGACUUUUUCAGAUACUUAUUUUCCUGCUAUAGGUAUCCUGCCUAAAACAUUGAUUUAUUAGGGGUUAGAGGUACUGUCUUCUACAAGAGAUAAAAACAACGCCGUAUUAUAAAUUCACAGAGAGAUUGGGUUUUUUGGCUCUCACUACAGGUGUUAGGCCGAUCAGUGAGAGUUGUGCACCCAUAUUCCACUACAACAUUUGCUGUUCUGAUAAAUGUAGAGAGGGUAUCUUUUCAAGUAACAAUUCUAUGCUUUUUCCACAUGCUUUAUGUCAACUUGUCUUUGUAAGUGCAUCCACAAUUACCUUCCUCAAUUAUCUCACUCGAGUUGGAUAAGAGUUUUUCCAAAACUUAACCCAACAUUGUGGGUUGAGUGCUAGGAAAGAGUGAUAUCUUUGCAAUAGAAACACUUUUUAAAAGGUACAUUAUUUUGAUCUCCCACAUAGGUGCAUGCCAGAAUGGAGAGGAAUGAUGAAAAGACCCUUGCAUAAAGCAGUUAAUGAAAACUGAAUUCUUUUGUUCUCUUAAUGUGGUUUUGUUUUGAAUAAUCGUGAGAAUCAGUUAAGGCUAUACUGUUAUAAUCUUGAUCUAUAGUAGUAGUUCCCAACCUUUGGUCCUCCGGAUGUUUUGGACUUCAGCUCUCACAAUUCUUAACAGAUGCUAAACUGGCUGGGAUUUCUGGGAGUUGAAGUCCAAAACACUAGAAGAUCUAAAGCAGUGGUUUUCAACCUGUGGGUCCCCAGAUGUUUUGGCCUUCAACUCCCAGAAAUCCUAACAGCUGGUAAACUGGUUGGGAUUUCUGGGAGUUGUAGGCCAAAACACCUGGGGACCCACAGGUUGAGAACCACUGAUCUAAAGGUUGGGAACCACUGAUCUAAAGGCACUUGUAUUAAUAUUUCUGCUAUUUCUAAAGGCUUUCUCUGUUGAAUUACUAUAACAGCAAGGUGGGUCUGUAAAGUUAGCAGAAUAAUACUUUUUUACUCGCUUCCCUAGCAAUCUUAUCUGUCUUUAGGUUAAGUGUUGGGGGCCAGAUCUUGUUGGACUCCAACUCUAUACUGACUUAAUCACCAUUGUUACUAGUUAAAGAAAGCAUGAGUUGUUAUCCAAUGUAAUCUGGAGGUUUGCUUGUGUUAUAAAAAUAUUCAAAUAUGUUGAAUAUCAGCAGUAGAGCUGAUCUUUUUGCAAACCUUAUUUUUCCUUCUUCAUAUAUCAUGCUCUUGCUUUUAACAUAGUAAUGUCUCAGUGUAGCAGGAAGGGAGUUCAUUGUUACAUUAGUGAAUUUUGUAAUUUCAGCUCUUAAUUGAUGUCUGCUAAAAUCAGAUUUUGGCAACAUCCGGUCUUUACAUUUAAAAAAAGCCAGCAUUUUUUCUGUCACAGAAUUAUAGGUAUAAUUUGAUACUCCAGCAAAAAGAGAAGACCAAAUCCCACCUGCUAUCACUAUAUUGAAAAUAAGUUUAAAUUAAAAACUUGUGGCUACAGCCUCUAGACUAAGAAAAUAUUGCUUAUUUUUGCCAGUGUUUUUUGGCUAAUGAAUUUUUUUGAGUGGUGGGUAUUUUUGUGCUUUUCGUACUAGAUUCUAGCAUGAUUCAGAUGUCUAGGAAGCUCAGUGGCUUUUAAACAAUUCUGUGACACAUUUUGUCCUAAUAUUACUCAUAAUGGAUUUUGUAGGGUUUCCAGGGCUAACACCUUUGCUCUUUCCAAUCAGCUUUUUGUAUAGGAUAGAAUCAUGACAUUGUUUAAAUAAUGCUAUCAGCCCCAAUCACAUCCAUUUCUCAUUUGCUGCUUCGUUUUCUGGCUAAUUUGACAAAAGGUAACCAUGGGUUUUGGACCUAUUACAUCAAAAGUUGGGACGGGGCGGGCCUUCUACUAUCCUUAUUGGCUACAUGUUUUCUUUUGUAUUAUGUAACUUUGUUGAACUGUAGCCUGUUUUAUUAGAUUCCUAGGAUUAUUGACAAUUGGAUGACAGUUGAUAAUAUGUGCGUUCAUUUCUGAGUAAACAAUUAAGAUUAUUCUGAUCUAGCAUUCAAAAGUGUUUUCUAUAAAUAUUCACUAUUUAACAGGUAUUUAAGCCUUCAUUAAAGCAACUCUCAAGUGCUUAGAAUCUGAAAUACUCUUGAUGCCUUAUCUCUUUGUAUCAGGAACAUUCAGAAAGUGCUAAAACCUGAAUGAGAAUAAAUUAGUCUAUCUUUCCUGUCAUUUCUCCUUUUCCCUGCCAUCUCUUCAGCCAAGAAGAGCAGAUGCGAUGUUUGUAAAUGCAAGUUUAAUGCAUUAAGAUCAGUAGGAAAUGCUUUAAGAACAAAAUACCUGUUUGACUGGAAGCAAUGUACACGGUUCCUGGCUUUGAUGCUUUUCUGGAGUUGGACUUCUGGUCCUUUUUUAAUCUUUUUCUGCUGUGCCUUGCUAGGUGCUCAUGCAGCCUUUCUCACCCAUCUUUGACUGGCCUCCCUGGUGUUUAUUUGAAAGCUUGUUUGGGUUGUUUGGCAAGAGAGAAACCUUGAUCCCUUUUAAUUUGCAUUCUAGUUUGUAGCAAUGAAUAAGGAGGAUUUAAUUCAUGAGAAGUAAUGAAAUUUAAUCCUUAGAGUGCUGCUUUGUUACUUACUUCAAUGAGUCAUUAUAAUGCAUCUUAAUUGCACCAGGGAGGUGCGGUUUUCCUUGUUUAAUUCUCUUAAGAAACUUCACAGAGAUGUCUCUGGAGUGUAAAAUUGAAUAAAAACAACUCUCGUCCCUAAAAUUCUCAAUUAGUCACAUUGCUUGCUUGUCUCACACAUUUGAUUGCACAGUGAAUUUUCAUAAAGAUGUUCGACCAAAUUGCAUUGUUUGUAAUCAUGUGCCUCAUAUUUAGUUUGCCAAGUUUCAAAGGUGCCUUGUGGAACUUUUUAUGUUGGCUAUUCCUCAAAUAAGGAGAGUUGAUUUUUUAACACUAAAAGCAAAACUAAGCAAAA